AUGGUUGACUGCACAGGGCGGUACUCGCUCACCCACAUCCGGACUUCGCUUCCUCGGUCGGGGAGGGGCGGCGGAGCUGACUUACACGAUCGACCUCCCCUCGCUGGGGCGCUUGUUUUUCCUACGCUGUCGCAGGGCCUCGGGACUCGCGGAGAUCAGCAAAACACGGAAGUCUGGAGCGUGGUGGUGGGCCUCGGGCCGGCAGGUAGCAAAUUGAAAACAUGGGUGGCUAUCAAGACGGGAGACAAAAGGGCAACAAGAAGGGGGCGCAUCCACCGAUCCGGCCUCGGGUCUGGGUUCCGAGGGCCUUCGGUGCCCUUGGAGGCCUUCCUCUCAGACCUCACACCGGUGCGGCCUCUCGGGGUGCGCUUGGCACCGAGAACACCACGGCAAGCAGAAGACGCGACGAAGGUGAGGGCUUACGAGGUCAACGAGGCCCGGUGGGUUAAACCUGUCUAUGCAUUGGCCUCAGUGGCCGCGCUUUGGUCGGCCAGACGUUCUUGGUUAGAUGCAUCAGCGCGCUGUGCAACUGUGAUGGUGGCGCUGCUUGACUUUGCCCCGACAGCAGCCAGUCAGCUGGCAGGGUCUGCUGCCGCCUGGCGGGCCAGUUCGACCUCCCGGCGCUGGGCUGUGUUGGUUCGGCUUAAGGUUCUGGGGGAGCUGUGUGGCCUGCUCCUGGUUUGCAAUGGCAGGUGGCCAGCAUGCUUUGGGGCAUCUGUGGCCAUUCUGUCGCACGUGCUCUUUUGGCUGUGCGGUGCAGCUUCUGCUCGUGUUGAUGCUUCGGGGAAGCCUGCACCGGUUCCACCACCAGUUGCUCGUGCCAUCCUCGGCGCAGAUGUUGCUGUCCUGGCGGCGGCCGUCGCUGGCUACACAGCGCCCGGUGCUUGGGGCUGUGCCGGUACCGCCACCUAUACCGGCGCGGUAACCCUGGUGGCUUGUGAGAAGCUCGCCAAAUUCAACUCCAAAUCGCAAAAAUCGGCGCGGUCGGGCAAGACGGCCCGCAAAGCCGCAAGCGACGGCGAGACAGCAGCAAGGGGCUGGGAUGAGUUUUCAUGGCGCAGCAACUGGUACCCGGUGGCCUUCGCAGACGUAACUGACAAAGAAAGGCCGCAUCGCAUUGAGCUUUUUGGAGAUGGCCUUGUGCUGUGGUGGGACACGAAUGCCGCAGCCUGGUGCGUGACCGUGGACCGGUGCCCACACCGCAUGGCACCGCUUUCCGAGGGACGCGUAGAUGAGAUUGGCCACGUGGAAUGCCCAUACCAUGGAUGGACUUUCGAUGGGAAAACUGGGGCAUGCCACAAGAUUCCUCAGGCUGCAGAAAGCAAUCAAGAUCUUCUUGGCCGCUGCUCCGUGACAGUCAUGCGGACAGUUGAGCGGCAGGGUUUAGUCUGGGUGUGGGGGCAACCUGGAGCCAGCAUCGAGGAGGCUGACGAGUCGUUGAUCCCUCUCUGUGAUGCGCUGGAAGACAGUGAGUUCGAGUGCAUCGAUGUUUCCAGGGAUAUGCCGUACUCAGCAGAUAUUCUACUUGAGAACUUGUUGGACUCCAGCCACGUCCCGUUCACGCACCACAAAACUGUGUCGAAAAGGGAGAAUGCGCAGCCGCUGCCACUACAAAUUACCAAGCGGGUUUCGGCAUCAGGCUUUCAAGGAGCCUUCAAGCAAGACACGCCUGUUGGCAAGCAGGGUGCAGACGCAAAGAAGAACGGCAGGACGACAGAGCGCUCAACGAUAUUCAGUGCCCCAACAUACAUGCACCAUCGCAUUCGGACUGCAGAUGCGAAAGGAAGUCUGGACAACGGGUUUGAAACAUGGACAGUGGCUUAUGCGACGCCCACAGGACCUGGUAGAAGUCGACUUUUUGCUCGAUUUCCCUUCCGUUUUCCAGCUCCGAAAUUUGGGCCAAACUUGCCCCGCUUCCUCAUCAGGCACCUGCCAGACUGGCUAAACCACCUGGGACAGCUCCGAGUUCUGGACGAUGACAAUAUCUUCUUGCCAAUUCAAGAACGCCAGGUGCAGGAUGCGGGUGGCUGGAAGAACUACAUCAUGCCAACCAGCGCUGACACCUUUGUGACGGCAUUCCGGACUUGGUUCGACCGGGCAGGGCCCCCGCCCCAUGCUCCAUCAGCUGUGGAUGAGUAUCGUAGCCGCCAGCCUACGAGGGCCGAGCUCCUUGACAGGGAGGCGCAGCACACCGCGCACUGCAAAAGUUGUACUGUGGCGGUGCGGCGCUCCAGAAAGAUUGUUUGCCUGUGCCGGGGCUUGCUACUCCUGGCAGCCGGCGCUGCGCCCACAUUGUUUGCCAGGCACUGUUGGCGUGGUCUCGCGUUGCUGCUUCUCGCAAGCUGCGUGGUGGGGAAAGUCUGGCAAGUUGCUUGGGCCAUUGCAGCGCGCUUGACCAGCGGGUUGCAUGACUACCCGCCUCCGCGAAACCGUCAGGGGAGGCGCGGGCAGAGUCGCGAAUUGCGCACUGUCGAGCAGGGACGACGCUUCUGA